GUUCAAAUGAUCAGUCUUACUUCAGAUUUCGGUGAGAACGGUUUGAGUGAAGAAAACAACUUUCGAUUUAGAACCCAAUUCCGGGCAGAAGAAUAAUUAUCAUCUCAAGGAUGAGACCGACCGGAAUUCUUUCCAUAACUACGACUGUCAUCGUAGCGCUGUUCUUUGGCAUUUACGUGCACAGCCAAACAUGUCCGGAGAGCUACGGCCGCUACGUAGUUCCUGACCAGUGCGAUGCCUACAUCGAAUGUAUUGAAGGCAUACCGGAGCGUAAACUCUGUCCCGAAGGUCUAUUGUUCAACGAAAAGGCCAGUCCCUUUUCGUACCCGUGCCAGUACCCAAUCGACGUAGACUGCACCGGUCGGCCCCGAACUCAACCGGCGCUACCGACCGAGCAGUGUCCGCAUCAGUUCGGUUACUUCAAAGUUGGUGACCGAAGCCAUUGCGGUCAGUUUAUGAACUGUGACAACGGAGUCGGUUUCGUGCUGGACUGUCCGCUCGGGUUGGCCUUCAACAGUGCCACCUACCAGUGCGAUUGGCCCGAUUUGGUUGAGGAUUGCGAUGCGGAUGCGUACCUGGGCUUCAAAUGUCCACCACAAGCAGAAGGAUUAAUUGCACCGAUCCGAUUCUUCCGGGCUCCGGACAAUUGCCAAAAGUACUUCAUUUGUGUCGACGACAGGCCCCGCGUUAAUUUCUGCGGUCCGGAUUAUGCCUUCAACGAGCUAAUAAACGCUUGCGAUGGAGUGGAAAAUGUGACUGGAUGCGCAAUAUAGGAUUGCAUUUCGGAACAAUCCUGUACAUAAAACUAUCCGCAAUACUCAAUUAGGGUGUAGACAAUAGUAUUAGUUGAGCAGAACUAACCACCGUAAAUUAUUCAUUUUUGAUCAGAAAAUUUAUUUUAUUCGUCGAUCACAUUUUGCAAGAAUCAUCAGAGCCGUAUAAAAUUGCCAGCUCCGAAAGAAUUGUCUUCUCGAACAAUUCUCUCUGUUUCUUCUCCAGCUCUGGUCGAGUAGCUUCACUGACAGUUUUUAUUCCCGGUUUGUGCACCAAAAAACCGUUAUCGAGCACAUGGAAACUGUAGCCUAGAACACACAUACUAUAUCCCUGUAAUAGAAAAAUAAAACAGAACAAUAAAAUAGUCAAAUAAAUUCAAGUGACAUCGAUGCCAGA